GUUAUAUCCUGUAAACACACAUGUGGAUUGUAGUGGAUCGGUCCGUGCGAGUUGCAAAUUAUGGAUCAGACACAGAACAAUAUUAAGAAAACGUCUUCUAAAGAUUUGUUGACAUGUGGUGGCGGAAAAGGAAUCCACGAGAAACUUCUGUUGAAGUCUAACAGUGGUCAUAUGCAGACGCAAAGGGUGCCCAGAAGUAAUGUUUUAGACAGACUACAACAUUUCCUACCCCAAUUUGCCCAGGCCAAUGAGACGUUAAAACAGCAGAUUGAAGAUGCUCCAGCUGGAUAUUUUGACAUUGAAAGUGUGGAUGAUGCAGAAAAAGUGAUUGAAAUGGAUGUGGCUCUGGUUGAGCUGGAGGACAGUAGUGAAGAGGAGGAUGAGUCCUCAUUAUCCUCAUCAUCCGAGGAAGACAGCUCAGAGGAGGAAGAUGUUGUUACUGCAAAAAAGCUCAAACUUCCAGGAGAACGAAAGCGAAAAGCCAACAUCCAGGAGCUGGAGAAGGAGGGAGAAUGAGAUGCAUUCUGCCUUCUUGAACUCUAGAGGAGGAUAUUAUUCAAGCAGGUUUUGGUGCCUAUUAAACAAAAUCCAUGUUUUGGAAGCCUCAAGACUGUUAUUAGUUUGACACAAGCAUGCAUCUCUGAUCUUAUGUCCUGCUACGCAGGCUCAGCCUCAUGUCAGUAGUAGACAGUUUAUAUAAAGUUGAGACAUCCCUAUGCAGAAGGUGACCGUGGCGUGUUUUGAAAAACAAAUGUUUAAUACAUGUACUGUAAUAAUAAGAAAACGUAGAAAUUCAUUAAAAAGAUUUCUGAGGUUCAGGUGAUUAAAUUUAGAAAACCAAGUCUUCGCAAUUUCCGUUCUUUAUUGUAAAAAUGGUUUACCUACGCUCUUUCAGUUUUUUAUCACUGGUAAUAUAAAGGUUGUAAUACUGUUGUGUGUAAUGACAUUUGGCAAGUGACACGUUCAGUGUGACUGUUAGCUUAUACAGAAGACUAAAACACUGAUAAUAAUUUGAACAGCAUAACAUUUCUCUGUUGUCAAAAGCAUCACGAGGGAUCGUAAACCUUCAGCAGAUACCUGACAGCAACUACUUUCUGUCAUUUUUCAUUGUCACGUUGUUCACAUUGUAAGGUUCACAGUGUUGUUGUGUAUUUGUGUAAAUUACUAUUACAUCAAACCAAGCCUAUAAUUUUAUACAAAAUAAAUUACUUCCCUGGAAAGAGAAGGGUGUGUUUAUAUUAUUUCCAUUCAACAUUUUCAAUUAUCUUAAGUCUGUCUGGAAUGCAAAAUUAAAUAUAUAAAAUAAGACCAUUUGUCAUAUCUAAUGAAAUAUAUACAGUUACGAUAAAAAGGAUGAUGUUGAAAUGCUAUGCAUAUUAUAAACCUUAAAGAUGUACACAUGUGAUAAUACAGAUUUUGUAGUGGCAGUGAUAUGACACGGGUAUUAAAUACUAAGACACUAAGUCUUAACAUGACGACAUUGUGUGUUAAAAUCACGAGGUGAACAACUUAUUGAACACAAAGUAAAACUCCCCCAACCACGCACGACUUGACACAGCAACAAGCAAUAGAGUUCAGAGUUUAGCUGCACAUUAAACAUCAAAAAUGUAAUUGGCUAUGAUCGAGGCCCAUCAUACAGCAGUUCGGCAUCGAGUAUGGACAGAAAGAUUGCUUGUGGCUAGUAUUUCGCCUGGUUAGGAUACAGUGUAACAAUUAAAGCAGCUUAUGACACUAUUGCGGUUCCUUAAUAAUAAUUUGAUCAUUUAACUUGGAAACUUAAAAGAACGACUAAACUUGUUUGCUUCGGUGCACUUGGAGGUCUGUUGGUUUUUCAUUUUUUAAAACGUUUUAGCCAGCGUAGGAUGGCAAAUCAAUACUGUCCCGAGGGCGAUUAGAAAAUGUAGGCACAUCAGUGUAGUCAUGGCAGGAAAUGCUCUUCCUUUCCUACCAAACCAGCUUCAAGUAAGACAGUUUGGCCACUUUGGACUGCGUUCAUGGCUCCUGGAGUCCUGC